AUGACGUGCGGUUUCUUUCAGCAAGCACUGAAUCAUUUCGACCUUCCCAGAGGUCAAUCCGGUACUUAUCAGCAACGAUACUGCGUAUACAAUGACUUCAUGGUGAACGAGACUUCAGCGCCAAUCUUUCUGUAUACCGGAAACGAGUCCCCACUAGAACAAUACAUAAACCACACCGGUUUGAUCUGGGAAUCUGCUGAAGCGUUUGGGGCGCAAGUGGUUUUCAUCGAACAUCGAUAUGAAGGACAGAGCCUACCGAGUCCUUUCAUAUCGUCAUGUAUGGCCUACUCUUCGACGAUUCAAGCUUUGGCUGAUUUCGCUCGCUUCGUCGAAUUGAAGCUUUUUGUCGAUACGGGCGACUUUUCUCGUCUUCGACGCCGACCUGUGAUCGCAUUUGGUGGUAGCUACGGAGGAAUGCUCAGUGCGUGGCUACGAAUGAAAUACCCAAACACGAUUGCUGGUGCCAUUGCUGGAUCUGCGCCAAUUUGGGGGUUUCCUAGAAAUUUCCCCAGCAAAAUCGAUGCUGCAUAUCGUGUAAUUCAGCAUGGACUGCAGCAAUCGUAUCCACCAACUUUAAAACCACUAGACAAUAAUCACUGCGCGACGAACCUCCUGGCGACAUGGCCUCUCAUCAGUGCUCUCGCUCAGCACCACGAGGGUUUGCAGCUACUCACGAGCUCCUUUCGUCUAUGCGAAGUCUUAAAGGAUGGAGACACGUUGAUUGACUGGGCCCAGAGUCCUUGGUUUGAUCUUGCCGAAGGGAGUUUUCCUUACUCGAGCAGCUAUAUUCCGUUUGCUCUCACCCACAAAGACGCCAAGCUUCCUGCAUGGCCUCUACAAGCGGCAUGU